UUUCCCUACAAAGCGCGAAGUUAAAACAAAAUGGUAGACAGUAAGCAUUGUGACAUUUGUAUGUCUCUUGUCGAUAUUUUGAAAAUUUGUAAUAGUUUCUUGUAUUUGACACGUAGUAAUUUAGAACUAGUUAAACAGCUUUAAUUAAAAAUAAGAAAUGUCAACCUCGGCAGACACUUUUAUUUUGAAAACCAUGUUAACGGACAUCCGUCUCAAAUCUCAAAAUGCGCUCUCUCUUUUAAAAGAAGAAUGCAAUUAUUCAAUGUAUGAUGAUAUUCACAAACAGCUAACAGUUGCAACUAAUGCUAUAGAUAAUUGCAUAGAUUUGAUUCAGAAAAAUAAGGAAGGAGAAUAUUUAGAUGAAGAUUGUUUCGAAGAUGGAUUUAGUGGCAAUUUGUUAGAAGCAAACUGCAAAAACUUGAAUAAAAAUAUGGAAGAAUAUUCAGAUGUUGAUUUACUCAAAGAUGAUGAUGACAAUUAUUUGUUGGAGUUUUGUGAAGAAACCGAAAGAGAGUUUUUUAAUAAGAGUGUGGAUAAACUUGAAAAUGAUGGAUGUAAGGAAGAAAGGAUAUUGCAAACUGAUUCCGACGAAGACAAGACGGACGAAGAUAUCUCAGAUCUUUUAGAUCUCUUAGAUGACGUAGAAAGUGAAGAACACGUGGAAGUUGGCGAAGAUUACACAAAAGCACUAAAACAGCAUUUUGGAUACAGUCACUUCAGGCCCUUGCAAUGGGACAUAAUAAAAGAAACUUAUAUUAAUAGAAGAGAUAGUUGUGUAGUAAUGGCAACUGGUUCCGGAAAAAGUCUGUGCUAUCAGUUUCCGGCAGUUCACAGUAAGAAGACUGUUGUCGUAAUAUCACCAUUAAUUUCUCUAAUGGAAGAUCAGGUUCUGGCGAUGAAUGUAGCUAACAUCCCGGCCUGUUACUUGGGAUCAGCUCAAAAUGAAAAGAAAGAAGUAAUGUCCAAGCUGUAUAAAUUUACAGAAAUGAAGAUAUCUUGCACUUGUUAUCAUGCUGGAAUCUCGAUCACCGAAAGGAAACUAGCUCAUAGAAAAUUCGUGGAUGAUCGUGUGGACGUAAUCGUAGCGACGGUGGCCUUUGGCAUGGGCAUCGACAAACCCGACGUCCGUCGCGUCAUACAUUAUGGAGCUCCAACGGACAUAGAAUCCUUUUACCAGGAGGCAGGUAGAGCUGGAAGGGACGGAUUAAGAAGCAUCUGCCAAAUAUUUUAUUCUCAGGGAGAUUUUGGACUUUCCAUGUUUCGUCUACAAGAAAUUACAAAUGAUAAGUUCUGUGAUCAUAAAUUAAACAUGAUUGAAAAGAUGAAAGAAGUCAUUUUGACUGGUAAUUGUAGACGUCAGCUUAUACUGAGUUAUUUUGACAAGAAGUGGAACACUACCAAUAAGUCGAAACCAUUUAAAAACUGUUGUGAUAAUUGCACCAAGAGGCUAAAAAGAGAAGAAAACGGUUGUUUGGAAGAAACUAAAAUAGAUUAUGGCAAAGAAGCCAAGUUAAUUUUUGAAAUGAUAAAGGAUUUGGGAAACUGUGGAUAUCGGAAAGCCAUACUUGCACUUAUCGGUUCUAACAGUAAAACUUUGCCUAAUUGGAUGAAAAGUCAUCAAAAUUACGGAAAAGGAAAGCACAAAUCCGAAAACUGGUGGAAGGAUUUUUACCAAGCUCUGAUAAUGGAUAGUUACAUCAAUCAACAUGCCAACCGCAUACCCGGAAAAAAGGUGGUCUAUUACACGCUGACCCUGUCGCAGAAGGCCGAGUCUUGGCUGAAAAACUGUUCCAACUCCACACCUUCCCUGUUGAUAGAACCUUUUUCCAAAUUACUUAAAGUUCGUCCCAGAAGUGAAGUCGUCAAAACCUUAGAGAAGACAGAAAGCAGAAUUGCAAGGAAAACUGAACUUCCCAUACUUUCAACUUACACCACAGAGAAAAAUGAAGAGAAUGUCGUCCCGUUGGAUCCCAGGGAAGAGGAACUGAAGGGAACAUUGUACAAGAAUCUAAUGCAAUUAAGAAACGAAAUCGCCAACGAGGAGAAAAUCGCCCCCUACAUGGUGUUCAGCAACAAAAAUUUAUUGGACUGCGUCCUGCACCGGCCCACUUCCCUGCAGAAUCUGGCAAGACUGGAAGACGUCGCAGAUUCGCGGGUGAAAAAAUUUGGUGGGAGAAUAGUGGAUUUCGUGUCCGACUUUUGCUCCAAAAACCAACUGGAAGGCGACGUGUUUCCCGAAGACACCAAAUCUGUGGUAAACUAUUCGAGCAUGGACGACAGACAUCUGGACAAAUUGGAACAACUGUCGCAGACAGAAGCCACGUCUUACACAAUGUUCGAAAUCGAGGGUAAAGACCUGAUGGAAAUAAAACUCGCCAGGAGUCUGGCUCCCUCCACCAUAAUGAACCACCUGCAGAAGGCCAUCAAAGUCGGUCUCCCGCUGAACAUGCAACGUCUAGGCAUCACCACCGAAAUGAGAGAGUUGAUCGAGAAGGUGGUGUUUUCGUCACCGAUAAAUGGCAACAUCAGCCGCAUAACGCCGAUUAAAGAUCUGUUGCCAGAGCAUGUGGGAUUUGAUCACAUCAAAUUGGUCCUGGCCUUCUUAGAAUGCAAAUACGGGAUAAAAGAGGGCAUCGUAAAUUUGCCACCCGAAGAGUCCGUCGGUCAGUCCGAACCGAGCGAAGAAACUCCGGAAAGUUUGCCAAAGAACGAAGGAAAGAGAAAACAUCCCCAGUCACCCGUUUCUUUUUCGCGUGUGGGCAGACACAAGAAAAAUAACACUCUGUUUAAUUUGUAAAAUGGAAUUGGAGCAGCGAGUUUUGUUGGACGCUCAUCGCUUCCAUUUUACCACCUGCAAACAAUUUUUUCAUGUAAUUUCCCAGAUGGAACAUGUCGGAAAUAUGUAGCAGGGCUACGAGAAUUAUUGUAAAAAGGUGUGUAAAUAUUUUUCGUACAUAUAAAUACAUUUUUAUAUUCUUAAGAAACUUUAUCGAGUUUUUGAGAGGGAGGAAAGGCCGCAUUACUAAUUCGGACAACGGCGGCGGGUUUGAGCGAUUUAAUAUAACAUAACACGCACAUGAACAUGUAAAUUAAAAAGUAACAAUGGUAGAACUUUAUUAAAAACGAGAUUUGCUAGAGAUGUGACUACGAAAUUUAUCUCAAACUGCUUCUGAAGCAUCGUCUGUGAAUAAAGAUGUCAAUGCGACUUGUACAGUUGAUUUUAAAACAACUUUUUAAAGUUAAAAACAAAUUACGAACAUUUUGAUAUACAAUUCGAUGCCGUUACAACCGCGGUAAGUACAGUUCAAUAUUCCGAACAGCCACGUACCAAAAAUUGCUCAGUAACAAAAGACGUGGGUAGUUUGAAUUUCAUACUUUGGUAGCGAUUGCAACAGUUAUUUGUAAUAAGUCUUGUAUAAAACCCAUUGUUUCAUUAAUAAACAUGAAAGUAUCGUCGUCCUCUUAUAUAAAAGUAUUGUAUAAAUAUUUUUUGCGAGAAUGAAAGUGGGUAAGUGCAGGGUAGUUUGAAUUAAACUGAUGGGAGC